AUGCCUUUUCAGGACUCUGACGUUCCCCAGAAGGAGCAGGAGAAAAUGACCAAGUUUCAGGAGGCAGUGACCUUCAAGGACGUGGCUGUGGUCUUCACCGAGGAGGAGCUGGCGCUGCUGGACCCUGUCCAGAGGAAGCUGUACCGAGAUGUGAUGCUGGAGAACUUCCGGAACCUGGUCUCAGUGGGACAUCUUCCCUUCAAACCAGGUAAGGCAACCCAGUUGGAGGCAGAAGAAAACCUUUGGAUGAUGGAAAGAGAAACUCAAAGAAGCAGCAAGAAUCAAAAUGAGGUGGAGAUUCUUCAGAAAGUUGCAUUAAAGUACCUUUCACAUGAAAAGCUAUUCUGGCAGAUCUGGAAACAGAUUGCAAGUGAUUCAACCAGGUGUCUUCAGAGGGAGAGGUCCCAGUUACUACAAGGCAGUUCCCAUCAGACUUCUGAGAGUGGGAGCGGUGUCAUGAAUUGUGAAGGGGAUGGCGCCUGUUGUGUUGAAAAUCAGGACUGUUUCAGUGUCGAGGGUGCUCGUGGGAAUAUACACCUGAGUGAGUCACAGAAUCGGAAUGGAGGUAAGCAAAGUCAUGUGAAAGAUAACCGGCAUGCCUGUGAAGCCAUGAAGAAAUCACUACUUAGCGAUCAUAUUAAAAUCCACACAGAACAGAAACCCUACAAAUCUCAUGACUGUGGUAACAGCAUGAGCGAUGGCGUCAGUCAGCAUUUACCCUGCAGAGAGGAACUGCAUCUCUGUGGUGAGUGUGGGAAGGGCUUCAGUUAUAGCUCACUGCUUUCAGGUCACCAGACUGCACACCCAGGAGGGAAAUGCGUGGCUCGGAACUCACACCUGCAGGCUCAUCAGAGGACUCACCCAGGAGAGAAACUCACGAAACGUCAUGAUUCCGGUGAUUGUUUCAAUAAGAGUUCCUUUCAUUCUCAUUCUAAUCCUGCAGGAGAAAAGUCCUAUAGAUGUGACAGCUGUGGCAAGGGAUUCAGUAGCAGCACAGGUCUCACCAUUCACUACAGAACUCACACUGGAGAGAAACCUUAUAAAUGUGAAGAGUGUGGUAAAUGCUUUAGUCAGAGCUCAAACUUUCAAUGCCAUCAGAGAGUCCACACUGAAGAAAAGCCAUACAAGUGUGGAGAGUGCGGCAAGGGCUUCGGUUGGAGUGUUAAUCUUCGUGUUCAUCAGAGGGUCCACAGGGGUGAGAAGCCCUAUGUAUGUGAGGAGUGCGGGAAGGGCUUCACUCAGGCCGCCCAUUAUCACAUCCAUCAGAGGGUCCACACUGGGGAGAAACCUUAUAAAUGUGAUGUCUGCGGGAAGGGCUUCAGUCACAACUCACCAUUAAUAUGCCAUCGGAGAGUCCACACUGGAGAGAAACCGUACAAGUGUGAGGUGUGUGGGAAAGGCUUUACUCGCAAUACAGAUCUUCACAUCCAUGUUCGGGUUCACACAGGAGAGAAACCCUACAGAUGUAAGGAGUGUGGGAAGGGCUUCAGUCAGGCUUCGAAUCUUCAAGUCCAUCAGAAUGUCCACACUGGGGAGAAACGAUUCAAAUGUGAAACUUGUGGGAAGGGCUUCAGUCAGUCUUCAAAGCUCCAGACCCAUCAGAGAGUCCACACUGGGGAGAAGCCCUACAAAUGUGAUGUGUGUGGGAAGGGCUUCAGUUAUAGUUCAAAUCUUAAACUGCACCAAGUAAUUCACACUGGAGAGAAACCAUACAAGUGCGAGGAGUGUGGGAAGGGCUUUAGUUGGAGAUCAAAUCUUCACGCUCAUCAGAGAGUCCACUCAGGAGAGAAGCCCUAUAAAUGUGAGGAGUGUGAUAAGAGCUUCAGCCAGGCCAUAGAUUUUCGGGUCCAUCGGAGAGUCCACACUGGAGAGAAGCCGUACACGUGUGGCGUGUGUGGGAAGGGCUUCAGUCAGUCCUCUGGCCUUCAGUCCCAUCAGAGAGUCCACACUGGGGAGAAGCCAUACACCUGUGAUGUCUGUGGCAAGGGCUUCAGGUACAGCUCACAGUUUAUUUACCAUCAGAGAGGCCACACAGGGGAGAAGCCUUACAAAUGUGAGGAGUGUGGGAAAGGCUUUGGUAGGAGUUUGAAUCUUCGCCAUCAUCAGAGGGUGCACACUGGAGAGAAGCCCCAUAAGUGUGAGGAGUGUGGUAAGUCCUUUAGUCUCCCCUCAAAUCUUAGAGUCCAUCUGAGUGUUCACCUUAGGGAGAAGCUAUUUAAAUGUGAGGAGUGUGGGAAGGGCUUCAGUCAGAGUUCACGUCUUCAGGCCCAUCUGAGAGUCCACACUGGAGAGAAACCAUACAAGUGUGACGUAUGUGGGAAGGACUUCAGUCACCGUUCACGUCUGACGUACCAUCAGAAAGUCCACUCUGGCAAGAAUCUCUAAGAAUGAGAAAUGUGUUCAUUUCAGUCAGGUUGUACAUCUAGUUUUUGGAGAGUCCGUGCUGGGGAUAAAAUGCUAUAACGUUUUGAGAGUGGAAAGGGGUUUCUUCACUUGGAAUCUCAUAAGUCCAGGAAUAGGACUGAUAUUCAGGGGAGAAAUAUGUUGUAACCCUCUUGGUAAAAUCCAAUUGAUGUAAAUGAUCUUUCAAAAUGAGUACAUGCCAAAAAAGAAUGUGUGAAAAGGAUAUUUGCCAUAUACAAGCUAGUUUGGGGGCUAUCGGGAGGUUUUGGAUUAUUUUCUCAUUAACUUCCAAUUUAUAUGUACUUACUGUGACCAUUAUUUUUUUACUAAAGCUUAAAAGUUA